CGCCGCGAGUAUACGCGUGUCGUUCGUACCGACGACACGCACUGACGCGAUCGCGAACUUCUAAUCCCUUUUUGUUUAUUUUUCGCGCGCGUCCUUCUUGUGUUUCCGAGGCAGCGAGACGGAGAAAAAAAGGAGGCGCGGAUGGAUCGAGCGACCAGAGAAGAUUCGUGGCGGGCGCACGGAUAGCAGGACCGGGUCCGUCGCCCACGCGCCGAUCUACACAACGGACCGCAACGCACCACGCCGCAUCGCACAAGCAGACAACUCAACCAAAACACACGAAUUCCUCAAACCAAAGCCUCCAGUCAUAUCUUUCGUUUCAAAAAUUAUAUAAGCACUAUUUUUUAAAACCUUUUAAACGUUAAAAUUAAAGAAGAAACUCAAAGUAUACGCUAACUCCCAAACAGUACAAAUUAAUUUAAGUCUGAAUUAUUCGGUAUUUACAAUAAAAGAAGCCUUCAAACAAAAAAGUAUAGAAGAGAUAUCAACGACCAGUAUUUAAACGUUCCAAAAUAAUAGAGAAAUCGUUAAACGAGUGCACAAAGUAUUUUAUCGAUAGUUAACGAGCAAACGAACCGAUUCCUCGAGCAUUUUCUAAAAAGAAGUCAGCCAAAGAUUUUAUAAGCCCGUAACUUUAAGACUCAUAUUAUUUAAGCUGUAUGUAAAGGACUUUUUAUACUAUUUAUUUCAUAGUGAGCAAAAGAAGAUAUUGUGAUUAGGGUAGUGUAAACCGGUGUGCCGUAUAGUCGUAACAUAAGUGCUAUUUAGAUUUAGAGUGAACUGAAGCCAGAAAGUACAAAUUAUCAAGUUCCGAUCGUUCAGUACAACAUAGACUUAGUGUAGAGCUUAUUUUUGUAUGUGUUAUUGUUUUGGCACGCGAAAAAGUGACGCGAUGCGGUCUCGCCGAGCGAACACGUCAUGAGCGAAGCGCUCCGGAGCCAGGCGGGCGCGGAUAGCGCGCACUUGCCGCCUUUCUCAACGUUCGGCGAUAUGGCUGACAACGAGCAGAGGAUAUUGACCGCAGACGGCCGGCUGCUGGACCCCGCCUGGGAGUACUACGAGCGCACUGGCGACACCGUCUCCGUCAUUGCCAGCCAGCCGCAGUACCGGCCGUGGGAAUCAAUGCCUAUUACCGUAAACUCGAAAGACGCGAUACUGCGCGCGGGAUUCUCGUCACCCCUUGACUACCAAUCGGUGACGUUGCAGCCUAUACCCAACAAGCUGCCGUCCUUCCAGAGUCAGUUCCAGACGUUUCCAGAGACGACCGUGAUACCGGAGACUGGGCUGCCGAGCGUCACCCCGGUGCCGGUAACGGCGAGCCCCACGCCUAGCGCGAGUCCUAGUCAGUUAACCCAGCUCACGCAGCUCACGACGCCGUCGUCUCCGGCGCAUCUCACUACGUUGGCGCAGGUCACGCCUCUUUCUACAACUCUGACAACAUUAUCCCCUGUGAACGCAACCACAUUCCAUACGCUGACAGCCGUGAAUGCUAGAAGCUAUCCGAUAGUACCGGCACCACUACAAGCGAGGGAGCUGGCGCCGGCAGGGCAGGCUUACAUUGAUGACAGACAUAUACAGCUGUAUCAACCAAAUAUCGCCACGAUCAAUGCUUUUCCCACUCAAAAUGGAAUUCUUCACCAAAAUGGGACACUCCUCCAUCAAAACGGGAGCCUCAUACAGAAUAUUCAAAGCCCAACAGUGGUCCAUGUGUUGAAAAACGAACCGUUCGAUAUGAAGUCGCUACAAGAUAAAUACACGCCAAAUGGACUGCAUCACAGCAAUUUCCAGAAUCCAAUGUUGUUGGACAAUGGAUACGAUAAGAAGUCAAACGGUUUUGGAAGCGCAUCGUCUCCAACGAGAUCAGAUUUCCGAAAGAAGGAGAGACGGAAAAUGCGCGCCAACAGUUCAGAGUCGGACGGUUCCAACAUGGAGGUGGGUUCGGAGAGCAGCGGGCAGGUGGCGGCCGUGUCCUCCACGGCUGGCUUCAAGUCACCCAUGCACGGAGCGCCGCCCAUGAACACCGGGCCCAUGGAGCUCGACGAUAUUUCUAGUGAAAAACAGUAUUUCCCGUCGCAGACAAAGAAGAAGCGGAAACGUUGCGGAGAAUGCAUCGGCUGCCAGCGCAAAGACAACUGCGGCGACUGCGCUCCCUGCCGCAACGACAAGUCACAUCAAAUCUGCAAGCAGAGACGAUGCGAGAAACUCACCGAGAAAAAGCUUAUUUUGGGGCCGGACGGGACGCUGCAGACGGUGAAGAGUGAGUCGCGCCGCGGCCGCGGCAGAGGGCGCUCUACGACCACACCAGUCUUGCAAGACAUCAAGAGCUACAGAGGUCGCAAGCCUCUGGGAGGCAGCGUAGUGCCGGUGCCCGGCGUAGCCGGCCUUAGCCCCGGUGUGCCGGCGGCUGCAUCCCCCGCCCCCGCUCCCCAUACCCCCGCCGCGCCCAGCCCUGCACCCGCAGCCACGCCCGCCAUGAAGCAAGACCAUCCCAGUCAACCCAUGGCUCCGAUGCCAUUUUAUGCCGGGGAUCCUAAUAGGUUCCCAACAACGUGGCAAACAGACCCAUCACAAGGUUGGCAAAAUCAAUUCAUACAGCAAAUUCCCACUCAGACAGGACAAACUACAUUAGAUUACCAAGGAGCCCAUACACCUUAUGCCACGUCUCCUCACUACCAAGCGAACACUACCUACACCGUCCAGAAUGUUGCGACAACCUUUGAUGUCACUAACAACACUUAUUACCAGGCUGGAGUUCAGGCUGUGCCAGCACAAAGACCACCAUCGAAUCGCGGAGCGUACACCCCUGUUCCGUCGCCGAGAGCUCCACAUUAUGCUACGGAGUACCAGCAGCAGUACGCCCAAGCUGCAACUCCUGGUGUUACAAGUGGCAGUGAUUCCCGACCCGCCUCGGCCAUUUCAUACCAAAGCUCAGUUCCGACAACGGCAGCAUCCGUUUAUACUGUCAGUCAACCGAAUUACGAACGCACAGAGUACGCAACAGAACAUGCGGAGGACUAUAACAGCGGUGAUGGCGCAACAGGAGAUUCUAACAAUGACGGAGACAGACAGGAGCAAAAUGGAACAAAUGGACAGCAUUCGGGAAACGCCGAGCCUGGAUACCUGCAGGGGAGCAACGGUCCGCGAGCUUCACUCGACUGUAGCGGGUAUUCGGGCGCCUACAAUAGCGGACAGUACAGGGAAAACAACCAAGCACAAAACCAAAAUGACUGGCAACAACGCCAGUGGCAGCACAACCAAAGAAUUCAAAACCAACAAAUGCAGAACCAACAUCAAAUUCAGAAUCAGCAACAAAUACAAAAUCAGCAGCAAAUGCAAAACCAACAGCAGCUGCAGAAUCAACAGCAAAUGCAAAACCAACAGCAGCUGCAGAAUCAACAGCAAAUGCAAAACCAACAGCAAAUGCAAAAUCAGCAGCAAAUGCAAAGUCAGCCGCAAAUACAGAGUCAGCAGCAGAUGCAGAAUCAGCAACAGAUGCAGAAUCAGCAACAGAUGCAAAAUCAGCAACAGAUGCAAAAUCAACAGCAAAUGCAGAAUCAACAGAUGAACCAACAAUUAAACCAUCAUCAACAAAAUCAACAGCAACAAUUGCAAAAUCAACAAAUUCAAAUGCAGAAUCAACAAAAUCAACAAAUUCAGAAUCAACAAUUACAGCAAUCACGACAAGAUGAGUCUGAACAACAAAUGUUUUCGCAGUCGGACAGGGUAAACUUAAACUCGAGACUGAAAACAAUGAUAUUGAAUAAGCAGAGCCAUACCCGGGACGGUACAAACACACCCCCGGACAAAGGUGAUCCUGGCGAAGGCCCACCUAGAGGGCUUGAUGACCGAAAAGGUGGAAUUUCCACCAAUGACGAUAAAAAUACUACCGGUCAUUUUUUAUCGUAUAGCCACCAUCUCCGAGAUAAUUACCGCAUAGGCGAGCAGGCUUAUUCUGCAGCUGGUAAUUAUUCCCACGGAGCUCAUGCUUAUGGCGUGAGCGAGUUCGGAGGUGGUGGCCACCACGUAUGGGAGGGCGGGACGGAUGUUCCGCGGAGUUAUGACAAAAAUUUUCCAUCAGUUAAUGCAUCCAAAGCACAAAAAUUGCCCUCUUAUUCCGAUAUGAGAGGUCAAUAUAAUGUUUACUCAAAUCUCACAACCACAGUCAAUUCUCAAAAGUAUCCCGAAGUUUUCGGUAAUGACAAUUUAAGUUUUGCGCAACAAGAUAGUAAAGAUUUCCAAUCUAAAAUGCUUAUAGGACCAGUAUCUGAAAUGAACCAACAAACCUCAGCUCGUGAGAUAAGCGCACAAAAAAAGCAUUUUGAAAGAGAAGCUUAUGAUGCAAAAUCCAGGCAUCCUAAUGCGCCUUUAAUUCCUAAGUUAGAAUUCCCUGAUAAUUAUCAGUACAAGAAGGAAGAAAGGAUAAAACCCGAGACGGUAAGAACUUCCUGUCAAAAUACGUACAAAAAGCCAAAUGAGACGAAUUUAACUAAUACUUAUAGAGAGUUUCCUAACGGUUCUUUGGCCAAGGCCAAUCAAAAUACUGUGCUUCCCCCAAUAUCUACCAUAAAACAAGAAAAUUUUGGCCCAAAACAACAAGCCUAUCAGAACUUCCAGAAUUAUGGAUUUGAACGUAGGCAAGAAAAUCAUGAAAAUUUUGUUCAAAGUCCUCGCGUCCAAGAAAAUAUAGGUUUUCAAAGAUAUAACAAGAAUUACGAACAAAAGACACAUAAAACAUUUGAAAACCUCGGCAAUUCAGAAAGAAAUAUACCAAUUGAACCCAAACCACCAUUUUACAUUGAGCAAAUCAAAUCAGAACAUUCACCCCCGGGACAUAAAAUAUAUAAAAACAUUAAUUAUGGACCUCCAAAGAACGAGCCUUAUAUGUUUCCUGGGGAUGGAGGACCAGUGGCUAUCAGGAACGAAGUUGGUUACUCUUGCUGUCGCCAGGGUUCAACUAGAAAACCACCCCCCGAACACUUAAGAGACGGAGCUUGUCCAGGACUACAGACUAAAGAUGAAAUAUUAGAAGACGACCCUGAUUCAACGGAAAAAUCUGAUUCCAAAAAUUCCUCUAAGCCUGGUACGCCUGUACCGGAUAAUACCGCUAAGCCUAAAGAAAAUCAAUUUAAUUAUUCUAAAGAAUAUCUCGACAAUUUGGAAAAACUAAGAAAUAGUUCGAGGACAGAGGUGCCUGAUUGUAACUGUUUCCCGGCUGAUAAAAAUCCUCCUGAACCAGGCAGCUACUACACUCAUUUAGGAGCAGCCUCUAGUUUGGCAGAAUUAAGAAAAGAGUUAGAAACGCGGACAGGACUAUCUGGAAAAGAACUGAGGAUUGAAAAGAUCUGCUACACUGGCAAAGAGGGCAAAACUGCUCAAGGAUGCCCGAUGGCAAAGUGGAUAAUCAGACGUGCCAACUACACGGAGAAAGUUCUAGUGGUGGUGAAGUGCCGCAACGGGCACAAGUGCACCUCCGCGUGGAUCGUGGUGUGCCUGGUUGCGUGGGACGGCAUCCCGCAGUCAGAGGCUGACCUCGACUAUACACUGCUCUCACACAAACUAAACCGGUACGGCCUGCCAACCACACGGCGCUGUGCCACCAAUGAAAACAGAACCUGCGCCUGUCAAGGGCUGGACCCAGAGACUUGCGGCGCUUCAUACAGUUUUGGUUGUUCAUGGUCGAUGUACUACAAUGGCUGCAAAUACGCAAGAUCCAAGACCGUGCGCAAAUUUCGUCUGUCUGUCAAAACCGAGGAGGCGGAAAUAGAGGAGAGAAUGAAUGUUCUCGCUACUCUACUGAGUCCACUUUACAUGAACCUCGCUCCCAAGUCAUUCGAGAAUCAGUGCCAAUUUGAAAAAGAAGCUUCCGACUGCCGCCUGGGAUUUAAGCCUGGACGACCAUUUUCCGGAGUGACAGCAUGCAUAGACUUCUGCGCGCACGCGCAUCGCGACCUGCACAACAUGCACAACGGGUGCACGGCGGUGGUGACGUUGGCGCGACACCGCGGGCCGGCGCGCGCAGAGCAUGAGCAGCUGCAUGUGCUGCCGCUUUACGUGCUUGACAACACCGACGAGUUCGGCUCCGUCGACGGACAAGAGGACAAAGUGCGCAGUGGAGCGCUGCAGAUACUUGACAAAUUUCCAAUGGAAGUGAGAGUCCGAUCCGUGCCAUUACAACCGUGUAGACGUCACGGUAAAAAACGAAAGGAUGAAGAAAGUUCAGACAACGCUAACUCUACCGCGAACACCGCGACCCAGCAGAAUUCUAACAACCAGAAGAAGCAACAGCAGAACACUGCUACACCGAGGACGCCACAACCAAACGAUAACAGAAAUAACGCAAGUCCUAAAACCCAAAGCAGCGCAUCGCCCCGAGCCAACACUCCGGCUAUGAACCAACCAAAUCCACCUUUCACUAAUAACUCGCCAUAUAACUCAGCAUUUGUAAAUCCAAAUAUGCAUAACAAUUCCUCCGGUCUUAUCAACCCUAAUUUAUCAAAUCCUGCGUUGUUAGACAUGGCGUCGAUGAUCGACAAUUUUACUGAUGCCCAAUUACAAAGUAAUCAAAUCUCUAGUACAGUUCUAGACUCUCCUUACAAUCCCUAUGAUCAAAGCUAUAAUUUACAUCACCAGAACAGCAUGUACAAUCCAAAUAAUGUGUCACCCCUAAUAGAAAAUACUUGUCAGAACCCUAACCCCAAUCAACUGCCGAGUUUUGCCUCUGGCUUGCAGAAAAGAGACCAACCAUUCAAUACCAAUCAAGAACAAAUCCCACCAGCGAAUCAAUGGCCUGAUUUUGCUAAUGCAGAAAUGUUUAAUAACGUAGUAAAAGAGGAUCCCGAUUCGACCACGGCACAUCUCAACGGUCCCGCUAACAAUUUUAGUCCCGACUCAAAUAGAAGUGAAACUAAUUCAGAUCAAAUGUCACAGAAAAAUACAUCGGAAAACGAUAAACAAAGUCUCAUAGGCGAUAUUACAAACAAAAUGCCAGAAUUCGAUAUGCCCAACUCGCCGCGCCUGACGGAGAUAUCACAGAAGUCACAAAGUACUCCAGCAUCUCCUGCUCCUUCACAGAUCUCAGAAUUAAAGUCGCCAAGCAAUGACACAUUAAUUUCGCCCGAUGCUAGAAAAAGUGUUUGGAAAUCACCAGAUUCUAAAAACUGGGAUCCCUUGAAACCAAAAGAAGCAGCUAAUGCUGAAAAUGACAAUUCUUUAUUUAGGGUACCAAAAGCAAGACCGCCAUCGCGAUCCCAGCUGGUCAACCCUUUGGCUGGCGUAGAAAAUACAACGUUCUUAAAGCCAUAUCCACCAUCAGAUAAACCUCAUUUUAGCCAAGGUUAUGAACAUAGAAGUCCAUAUGAUAACAGAACCAAUACAAUAUCCCAGCCGCCAACAUCGCAAGGAAAUUUCACUAUUAACCACGAAGACAUGAAUCAAAGUAUGGGAGUAUCAAAUAAACCCGUACAAGAGUUUGCUGGGAACUUCCAUCCUGUAAGUCAGAAUAAUUUUGGAAACCAAACUUCCGUGCCGUACAGUAACUACCCACAGAUGACAAAUGCGUAUCCAUUUCCACCAAGCCCGUAUGGUCAUUUUAAUCCAUACGAAAAUUCUUAUAACGAUUACAACAGUCUAGCAUAUUACAAUGCUGAAAAAUAUAAAAGGGAAGAAUUGAUCAGAAAUUCUCAUUGUUAUAACUCCUACGGUUAUCAAUAUAACCCUAAUUUUACUCCCAAUUUUUAUCAGAACCCAAGUCCAAAUUGGUGUCAGUCUUCGCCUAAUUGGUGCUUGUACCCGCCUCCUUUUUCUAUUCCGUAUCCACCAGAACCACCAAAAGCUGAGCCUAUCGGAGAAGUAACAGAAGUAUCCGACAAUCUGGAAUGUUUUAAAGAUAGUCAGAUGGGCGGCGUGGCCAUUGCUUUAGGUCAUGGGAGCGUACUGUUUGAAUGUGCGAAACACGAAAUGCACUCGACGACAGCUGUAAAAAGUCCUAACAGAGUAAAUCCGACUAGAAUAUCGUUGGUCUUUUAUCAGCAUAGAAAUCUGAAUAGACCCAAGCAUGGUCUUGAAGAAUGGGAAGAAAAAAUGAGGUUGAAGAAGCUUGGUUUAAAUCCUGCAACACCAGGAACGCCGGGACCGAAUUCUAAUUCCGCUUCGCCAGCGUCUACACCGGGACCCGAGCAAAGGCAAACGCCGGGCCCGGAGAAAUGGAAGAACAAUGAGGAUGCUAUUCCUGGAGGAUACAGUUCCUUGGCAGCGCUCGUAGAAGCGACUAACGCUGUGAAGAAAAGCGGACAGAUCAUGCUACGUACUGAUACUCACACCACAAUGUCAUGGACGACACUAUUUCCAAUGCACCCUUGCACUGUAACGGGCCCCUACCAAGAAUCGGCCACCUGACGCAGGCCGCGUCACGUCGCAACAUAGCUGUGUUGUCGACCGCGCCUCUAGGUUUCUACCGAAGCCAUCACAAUUCGUUUGAGUCGACCGAAUUCAUCCCAAGUGUUGCUUAAACGAAUAUAAUAAAGCCACUGACUACUUAUGAUAUUAUACUGAUGAUAAUUGGAAAUUUAUCUCUAUGGAUAAGAAUAUAAAAGAUGCAAUGAUCACGUUGUAAAAUGAUGUAUUACUAAGUGGUUAUUAUUGAAACUUUUAAAUUAUACUUUUUUAUUGUCGCGUAAAGAGCUGGUCCUGCGAGCUUCUUAUUACAUUUAUAUUGGAAUUGACUACCGAUUUACAUUAUAAGUUUUCGACGAAUCGAGUGAGUUUUAAUCAAAGAUGUUAUUUAAGUUUUAAUUUAGUAGUUUUUAUCGCAUUUCAACUAGUCUUACGUUACUACGCUAGUAUCUAUUGUAUGAGAUAAGCGACCGUAUCCAUGUAGUUCUUUUGUUUGUAUAUUCAUGUGCUAUUUAAUUUUACCAAUAUCGAGUCGACCUCCAUGGAUAUAUACAAAAACAUUUUGUAUAAAAUAGAUGCAUUGUAUGUUUAUUCUGGAUAUUUUAUCGUGUUUUCUAAUUAAGCGCAUUAUGAAUAAAUAUUUAGUGCGAUGCAAUGAUCUCAUAAACUACUAACACUACAUGUAUACCUUGUUCAGAGCAAAAGUACAAAACAUCAUGUUUUGUGGGAAAGAGAGGCCCCAACCCGCCGGUGACGGCCGGACACCGCGGUGUCUAUUUUUGUACCUUUGUUUGUUUAUUUAUUAUUUUACAUUAUUGUGAAACCAUUCCUCUAUUUGGAGUUUGUUUUGGCAUAUUAUUUUAAAUUUAAUGAUACAAGUAAAAUCAUAGCGGAAACGCUAAAUGCAUUUUACAACACACGUAAUUGAGUGCUUUUCUAUUAGGUUUAAGAUGUGUGUAUUUUUAACUUUUUAGAAUAUUUAACUUAUUUAUAUUGUAUUACGUGAACCUUUAUGAAAUGAUUUUCUUUGUAAUAAUUUAGUGUUACGGUAGAUUUUAAUAAUUAAUAUAUUUGCUUUAUGACUCGACAUUUAAGUUGUAUUGACAUGUUCAAGCCUUCUUUACUUUCCUCCAGUGCCUGCGCUGCCGCCAGCGCCAUCUGUUGACGUGAAUAUACAAACUGUUAAAUUGUGUCCUUAGUUCAUAAUCGUGUGUGCAUUUUAUGAAAACAUCCUUAUUGUUUAGUCACUAAUAAUUUUAAUGAAAUUAUGUUCAAUAAUUUAAAGAAAAAUAUGAAAUAAAAAAAUACAAUUAUAAUAUAAGUAUUGCGUAAAACAGGCGCUUGGAAAGAUUAUAAAGUAGGCAUAUUAUUGAAAAAUGAAUGAAAUCAUACUGACGAAUAGUUAUUAAUAUAUAAUUAGGCUAAGAGAAGUUUGUUUUAAAGAUUAAACUAUUGAUAUAGUUUAUAUUUUUUACGUGUACGUAUUUAUUGAAUGGUAAAUUUAUUGGGACGAAUGUGAAAUUAUUUAUAGGUGAAGUUUUCAGAGCAAAACUUUUAAAAACUAAGCAAUAAUAGACGUCGGGUCUAUGUACAUUAUUAUGUAGGAGUUGAAUAAAAAAAAA